AUGUCUCUCCUCCGUACCAGCUUCCCCAGCUCCGGCGACUUCGCUCCUCUCUUCCGUCUUCUUGACGACUACGAUAACCACCGCUCUGCCCGCAACCAGUCCGCGACUCGCUCGUUCUCUCCUCGCUUUGACAUCCGUGAGAGUGAAGAGGCAUACCAUUUCGAUGGUGAACUGCCUGGCAUCGAUCAAAAGGACAUCGAUAUUGAGUUCUCCGACCCCCAGACUCUGGUUAUCAAGGGCCGCAGUGAACGCGAGUACCACACUGAGCCACCAGCCGAGGCCAAGGAAGGCGAAACCAGGCCCACUCACCGGUUCUGGGCCAGCGAGCGCUCGGUCGGCGAGUUCCAGCGCAUCUUCUCCUUCCCGGCUGCUGUCGACCAGCAAAAUGUCAAGGCCAGUUUGAAGCACGGUAUCCUGUCCAUCAAGGUGCCCAAGGCCACUACCGCUACUUCCAAGAAGAUCACCAUUGAGUAG